CUGGUCGGCCGCUACCACUGCCGCUGCGCGCCCGGCUUCUUCGGCCACAACUGCGAGCGCGACGUCGACGAGUGCGCGUCCAACCCGUGCGCGAACGGCGGCUCCUGCAUCGACCGCGCCAACGGCUUCAAGUGCUUGUGUCCGAAGGGUUACUAUGGCAACCGCUGUCUCUCUGACGUGGACGAGUGCGCCUCCUCCCCCUGCAUGAACGGCGGCACGUGCGAAGACGAGGCCAACAGAUUCGUGUGUCACUGCAUGAAAGGCUUCUCGGGCGCGCGCUGCGAACGCGACGUCGACGAGUGCGCGUCCAACCCCUGUCUCAACGGCGGCAAAUGCAUGGACUUGAGGGGCGGCCAUCAGUGCGUGUGUCCGCAAGGCUUCCAGGGGCGCUUCUGCGAGGUGAACGUGAACGACUGCUCGCGCAUCACGUGUCUCAAUGGGGGCACGUGCGUGGACCGCCAGAACACGUUCCACUGCGUCUGCGCGCACCCCUUCACGGGCUUCUACUGCGAGUCCCAGAUCUCGCCGUUCCGCGAGAACCCGUGGAAGGCGUGUCCUUCGCCCACGUGUUACGAGCGCUUCGGCGACGGCGUGUGCGACGCGGACUGCAACUCCAAGGCGUGUCUCUUCGACGGCAUGGACUGUCGCCACCUGUCGUCCGAUGACCGCAACUGCAACGAGAUGUACGAGUCUUAUUGCGCCGCCAACUACGCCAACGGCCGCUGCGACUCCGGCUGCAACAACGCCGAGUGCGCGUGGGAUGGCCUCGACUGCGAGCCCAGUGUAGAGGUGGACGCCGCCGGAGAACUCAUAUUACAAAUAGACGCGCCCUUCGGCCUGAUUGGUCAGCAGACGGACGAAUCGCGAGUGACGCUCUCGCAGCUGUUGCGCGCG